AUGCUAUAAGCGAAACAUGUGCUAUAUCGAAAUACAUUGAAAGUGUAAACGAACACGAUUAUGUGACGUUAGAUUGUGACAAAGUUAUGGGAAAUGUCAGCGCCAAGGAUUUACAUGGCAAAGGGAGCAGAAAAAAUGUCCAUUGGAAAUCUGCAGAGCAUCCAUCUCCGCCCGGGAAACCUUUAAUGAUAUCCGAUGUCGAAGGGAGUAACGUGACUAUGUGCUGGGUGCCCCCAAGAUCAGAUGGAGGUGCCCCAUUAACAGGAUAUAUUGUUGAACAACGUAUCACUGGUUCACCACAUUGGACCAGUGCCAUACCAGCCACUGUAUCUCAACCAGAAGUAACACCGCAAGGUUUAGAGCCCGGAAGGCGGUAUCAAUUUCGCGUGGCGGCGGCGAACGCCACUGGAUAUUCUGAAUUCAGUGAGCCCUCGGAGCCCCUGACCGUGACCGUGGGAGGGGCUGUUUGCGCGCCCGCAUUUUUGGCGGAACUGAGAGACGCCACUGUGUCGGAAGGCGAACGAGCCGAAUUCGAAGCCCGCGUUCUCGGAGUUCCUGCACCGACAGUGGCUUGGUUCAAAGACGGUUUCGAAAUAUUCAGCAGCCGACGUGCUAGAAUAACAACAGAGGAGAAUCGCAGUGUUCUGACAAUACACCAAACAUCAUUAAACGACGAAGGUGAAAUCAAAUGCACGGCCACAAAUCACGCCGGUCACGCCGUCACUCGCGCUCGCCUUCGCGUCGAAGCACCGCCGGGCGUGCGAUUGCCCCGGCGCUACGAAGAGGGACUUCUGUUCGAGGCCGGAGAAUUAAUGAAGCUAAAAGUGGCGGUCGCUGGACGGCCGGAACCUAGAAUCACCUGGACGCAUGAUGGAGAAACCAUAGUCAACGGUACAAGAAUCGAGGUACAAGAUAGAGUCCGGGGUGCCGGACUCCGCAUAAAAAACGCAUCGCGUGUCGAUCGCGGUGAGUACAGGGUACAUGCAAUUAAUCCUCUCGGGGAAGAUUCAGCAGCAUUUUUAGUAACGGUGACUGACAAACCACGACCUCCCGGCAAACCUGUUGUUACAAUGAGUCUCGGAAAAUCAGCGACUCUGACCUGGCGUGAGCCAGAAGACGACGGCGGUUGCAAAAUUGGCAAUUACAUUGUUGAAUAUUUCAGAACUGGUUGGGACGUUUGGCUAAAAGCUGCCGCAAGCAGGCAGCUUACAGCCACUUUAGGAGAUUUACUUGAAGGUUCGGAAUAUAGAUUCCGUGUUAAAGCUGAAAACCCAUACGGUCUUAGCGAACCAAGCCUGCCUUCAGAACCUUUAUUCAUCCCCGAUCCAUUCAGGGGUAUAACUAAGGUACAAGAAAUUAAAAUUCCUUCAGAUUUAGAUGCGCCACCGGUUGCCCCGAGAAGAAAACGUGCUACGACAUCCGCGUCGUCGUCGAAGAGUUCAUUAAGCGAAGAUAAAGGAGUUCAAACUCCUAUAAACAAGGAUAAUAGUAUUGUCAUGGCCUCAAAAAGUCCUGUCACAGAUGUAGGAAUACAAAAGUCAAUAGCUGUUAAUUUAUUCGACAGAUCUUCUGUAACGCGUGAGCUGUCGUAUGGAAGUCCUGAUACAGUUUAUAAGAAAAGGCUUUCGGCAAAUCUGAAUGAAGAAGAACAUGUUGAAGAGAUACAAAAAUCAGAACUCACAGAACUAAAAAAGCCUGAAAGUAAUGGAAAUAGUUUAUCGCCGAAUGUAAUUAGAGAACCUUCUUCACCGAGAGAAAAUGAUGAUGAACUGCAAGGAAGUUCUGAAUUCAUGCUUGUAUUAUAUCCUGAUAAACCCGAAUCAUUGCAAAAUAGAGGUAAUCAAUAUGAAUUCGAUGAUGAUGAUUACGGAGCUCCGCCAACACUUUCCCUAUCUAAUCCGGAAUUGGGCACCAGGCCUCCAGAAAUGCCGAUGUUACGCUACGCCGUCAGUUCUACUGAACUCUUAUAUGAGCGUGCGAUGGCUAGAUUUUAUCGUGCAGCUGAAAAAGAAAAAAAUCGAGAAUUAUUAAGGGCGGGCAGCGAACCCCAGACUUUAGGAGAAGUUCAAAGAAGAGGAUCUUUAAGAAGAAAACCAUCUGGUGCUGAGCAACAGAAACUUUUGCAGAUGCAAGAGAGAAGAUUAAGUUUAAAAUUAGGAGAUGAACUGGAAUUAAGAGCUAGUCCAACACCCAACUUAAUCACAGGAAUUGUUUUGAAUGGUGUAGUUGAAACUUCAGAAAAUCCAACCGAAAAUGAUAUUAAAGACCCCGAGGAAAACAAAAGAUUUAUCAGAGAUCAUUCUGUAGAGGAAGAUUAUACAGAAAGUACAGCUUCUUCGGAUAGUGAAUCCCAAGAUGAACGUUUUAAAUUGUUAUUCAAAAAAAUAAAAGAAUUAGACGAUGAUGAAGAAGACACUUAUCAUCCUAGAUCAAUGCUUCCUACAAAUAAUAAUUCACAAGCGGCAGAAGUAUUAAAUAAAUUGGCACCGCUUCCUGACCCAGACUUUGUACCGAAACCUAUUCUGAAACCACAGCCUAAUGAUAAAUUAAAGACACCGCCAGCAAAACCCGAACGAAAAAGCUUAAUAAGUAAGCCACUAAAUGAUGGAUUGCCACAAAUUAACGUAGUCCCUCCAGAGGAGAAAAAAGAAAUAGCAAAACCAUUGGACAAUGUGCAAAAGCGUAAACUGGAAUUGAGACAAAAGUCCGAGGAAGAAAAUAAGGUUGUUAUCGAUCAUUAUGCGGAUUUAGUGAGACAAGUUAGUACAAGCAAGAAACAAUUUGAUUCGAAUGACGGAUCAAAUUACACGGAAUCUUUGAAAAACAAUAAUGUGAUAUCAGAACAAAGCAAUGUUGUAUCGAUUGCAGAAAUAAAGGAACCGCUUAUUAAUCAUAAUACCAAUAAUAAAAAUCUGAUUAGAAGGCAAAGACCCCUAUCUAAGGAUCGUACAAGCACUGUAGAUGAUAAUAAAAGAAAUCGAGAAAUUUCUAAAGACAGAGUAAACGUUAGAGGUCGAGAACAUUCAAAAGAUAGAGAUAAUCUUAGAAAUAGAGGCAAUUCAAAAGACAGAGGAGUAUCGAAAGAUAGAACAGUCAGUACAAGAAUUUCCCGAUAUGAGGAUGUAAAACAUAUAGAACGAAAUAGAAGUGAAUCCAGAUCGCCUACAAGACAAAUAAAAAACAAAACUAUCACCACAAACAGUAGGGUAAGAAAUCCGUCAAAGACGAGAAAACGAAGUGAGUCAAGAUCUCCAACAAGACAAAAAGAAAUAAUAUAUCAAAAUACCCCUUUGCAUAAUGAGAGAUGGCAGGCAAAAGCUGACAAUGUUUCCCAAGCUGUUGCUGAAGCAAACGUGCGUUCUGUAUUUGCCUAUCUCACAGAUUUAGCAAUGUUUCUAUUGGCCUGUUGGUUAUACAUCUUCAAAGAUGCACGACUUGCUAUUCCAAUUUUAGCACUUAUGAUCUACAGACAACUCGGAGAGGAGCUGCAAAAAAGAAUGCCGCAAUGGAUCGUUAAAAAAUGGCAAAAGUGAAAUAAAUUAUAUAUGGAUUACGAUAGGUAAUACCUCAGACAAUACUUAGUCAUAAAGUCAUACUUUUCAGUUUUAUCAUAUCUA